ACUCGUAUUUAUUUGUUAGCAAGUCACACAAGUGCAUUUAGCAAACCAAGUUGAAUCGUGCACCAUUCGAAGAAUGGAAAAUAAGAAUAUCUUGUAUGGACCUAAACCAUUUUAUCCUGUUUCGGAUGGUACGGCAGGCGAGGAGAUAUUUAGGGCACUUAAAAAGUAUGCAAGGAUACCAGGUUGUAUUGCUAUGACGAACGCGCAUACUAAAGAAAAUCUGCUGUAUGAAGACGUACUGACAUUAACCACUCGAUUGGCGGUUGCUUACAAAAACUACGGUCUCGACAUUAACAGCACAAUUGCGGUGUGCAGCGAAAACAGCUUGCAAUUCUUUCUACCAGUGAUCGCCGCCUUAUACCUCGGAGUGACCGUUGCGUCCAUAAAUGACAAGUACACCGAGCGUGAACUACUUCAUAACUUUGAGAUAACGAAACCUAGCGUGGUUUUCUGUUCCAAAAGGGCCGUAAAGAACAUUCAGACAGUGAAGCACCGGCUAACUUACAUUAAUACAGUGGUCAUAUUGGAUGACAUCACCGACUGGCAAGAUUUCCCUUGCCUAAACAACUUCAUUUUGAAGUUUUGCGAUCCAAAUUUAAAUAUUGGAGAUUUCAAGCCCAAUUCGUUCGAUCGUGAUAACCAAGUUGCACUUGUUAUGUACUCAUCUGGCACAACAGGCGUGUCUAAAGGUGUCAUGAUAACCCAUAAGAACAUCAUUGCUCGAUUUUCGCACUGCAAAGAUCCGACUUUUGGGAACCAAAUCAAUCCGACCACUGUCAUUUUAACGGUGGUACCAUUCCAACACAGCUUUGGUAUGUUUACAAGUCUAGGAUACAUGACCUGCGGAUUUCGAAUCGUCGUAUUAACCACGUUUGAUGAAAAGCUCUUUUUGCAAUCCCUUCAAGAUUAUAAAGUGGCAAGCACUUUACUAGUGCCUACCCUGAUGUCCUUGUUCGCAAAAAGCGCAAUCGUCGAGAACUACGAUCUGUCGCACUUGGAAGAGAUCGCCUCGGGUGGAGCACCUUUAUCCAAGCAAAUCAGCGAUGCGGUUAGGAAACGAUUUAAGCUAAACCAGAUCAGGCAAGGAUACGGGCUCACCGAAACUACCUCGGCAGUGUUAAUUACGCCAGAUACCGGCGUCAUACCGGGCUCUACCGGAAAAAUUGUCCCCUUUCACGCCGUAAAAGUUGUCGAUACAGCUACUGGAGAAAACUUGGGGCCCAAUCGAACUGGCGAAUUGUAUUUCAAAGGUGACAUGAUAAUGAAGGGCUACUGUAACAACGCCCCAGCUACCGACGCAAUUAUUGACCCAAAUGGGUGGUUGCGAUCCGGCGACAUCGGCUAUUACGAUGGGAAUGGAAAUUUUUUCAUCGUGGACAGAAUUAAAUCACUAAUAAAGUACAAGGGCUUCCAGGUUGCACCCGCCGAAAUUGAAGCAGUACUACUGCAACACCCGGACAUUCUCGACGCGGGCGUUACGGGUAUUAAAGACGACGAAGCGGGCGAAAUACCGGCGGCGGCUAUAGUCAUAAAGAAAGGCGCACAUUUAGACGAAGAAGACGUGAAGAAAUACGUUGAAAGCCAAAUGUCUUCGACAAGGUGGUUACGGGGCGGUGUGCGCUUUUUGGAUGAAAUCCCAAAAGGUCCGACCGGUAAAAUUGAUGGAAAAGCCAUACGGGAAAUAUUUGAGAAGCAAAAAUCUAAGCUGUAAUGUGGGUGUUUCAAGAGUUUUUAUUGUUAUUGACAUAUUAUAGAGGGUGGGGCGUGGGAAACGAAGAACGUUGACGUCAAUUUUAUCUAUUUAUUGUAUUCGUGUUAGCGAAAAUAUUAUAAUAUCUUCUGACGAA